CACUGACGUCACAUCCGUCACAAACAACAAUACGGAAGUGGCGAAGGAAGUCCCGAGGUGCUAAAAUGAGACGGUCUCUCUAAAUAUAUCAGGGGCUCAACUCUCACUUUCGACACCGCUGAACCGAAAUUAUAAUGCAGUAGCUUUUGUAUUUCACAACCGACACUAGAGAUGGAGGGCUCCAAGUCGUCGAGCACCACCAUGCAGGUGAGCUUCGUGUGUCAGCGCUGCUGUCAGCCGCUCAAACUGGACACCUCCUUCAACGUGCUCGACAGGGUCACCAUCCACGAACUUAUCGCCCCGUUGGUCACAGUGACUCCCAGCAAACAGACUGACAGCAACCAGGGGGAGACGGCACCAGAGGAGACUUUCGUCGAAAACAAGCAAGAUGGAGUGUCAAGAAAGUACAUCCCUCCCGCACGGAUGAUGUCGACAGAGAGCGCCAACAGUUUCACGCUGAUCGGAGAAGCUUCUGACGGCGGCACCAUGGAAAACCUCAGUCGUAGGCUGAAGGUAACUAGUGACCUGUUUGACAUAAUGUCAGGCCAGACAGAUGUGGACCAUCCGCUGUGUGAGGAAUGUACCGACACACUCCUGGAUCAUCUGGACACGCAGCUCAACAUCACAGAGAACGAGUGCCAGAAUUACAAGCAGUGUCUGGACCUGCUCUCCCACCUCCAGGUGGAGGAAGAGGAGACUCUGCUAGCAGAGCUGCAGCAGCUGAAGGAGGAGGAGGAGGCUCUGGUUCAGGAGCUGGAGGCCGUGGAAGAGCAACGAGCUGUUGUGGCUCAGGAACUGACCGAGAGCAGGACUCACACUCAGCAGCUGGACAAGGAAGAGCUACAGUACCAAAAGGAGUACAGCGAGUUUAAACGGCAGCAACUGGAGCUGGACGACGAGCUGAAGAGCGUCGACAACCAGAUGCGUUACUGCCAGAUUCAGCUCGACCGCCUGAAGAAGACGAAUGUGUUCAAUGCUACAUUUCACAUCUGGCACAGCGGACAGUUCGGUACGAUCAACAACUUCCGCCUGGGUCGCCUCCCCAGCGUCCCCGUGGAGUGGAACGAGAUCAACGCCGCCUGGGGGCAAACUGUGCUGCUGCUGCACGCGCUCGCCAACAAAAUGGGGCUCCGCUUCCAGAGGUAUCGUCUGGUCCCGUAUGGAAACCACUCGUACCUGGAGUCACUGACAGACAAGUCGAAGGAGCUUCCUCUGUACUGCUCCGGGGGCUUGAGGUUCUUCUGGGACAAUAAGUUCGAUCACGCCAUGGUGGCCUUCCUGGACUGUGUCCAGCAGUUCAAAGAGGAGGUGGAGAAAGGAGACACUGGCUUCUGCCUCCCGUACAGGAUGGACGUGGAAAAAGGCAAAAUUGAAGACACGGGAGGCAGCGGAGGCUCCUACUCCAUCAAGACCCAGUUUAACUCUGAGGAGCAGUGGACCAAGGCUCUGAAGUUCAUGCUCACCAAUCUGAAGUGGGGGCUGGCCUGGGUCACCUCGCAGUUCUACAACAGAUAGACCCGGACCUGGACCCGGACCUGGACCUGGACCCGGACCUGGACCCGGACCCGGACCCGGACCCGGACCCGGACCUCCCCCGGACAAAUACUGACUUUACCCAGACCUCAGAUAAAUGGUUUUCAUUUGGGCGUUUGGCCAAAAAGGAGAAGAAAUUGUCAUGUACACAGGUCAAAAGUGAACUUUCACUUGUUCCACAAACCUUAAUUAAAUCUGUUUUUUCCUGCAAAUUGAAAAGCAGGAAACAUGUCAUCAAACUCUUUCACUCGUUAAUUCAUAAAUGGCAUUUUCACAGAUUAAUUUCUCCUUUUAAAACGUCCCCACUGUGAAGUCUGUGCCCCUUAUAAAAGCCGUAAGAGUGCGACGUGGUAAUUAUCGUAUACAGAGUAGCAUUUGUAAUAGAUUACACUUUGAGUAUUUAACAAGAGCUGUGUCAGUAUUUCAUUAACACUCGAGUUGGACUGUUUUUACUAGAUUCUUCCUGUUAGAGCUGCGUCAUCACGUGUAUUGAUCCGCUUUAGAAAUAAAA